AUGGGUACAUGUUGUUGCCAUUUCCCGUUGUUGUACAAAGGGUUGCCACAUCUACAUGCUUUUAUUGCUAUUUUCGAGCUCCUCUGCGGGAUCGGGCGACUGGUUGGAUACUUUUCGGCAUUGCCAGAUACGAAGAAAGUACAAACGUAUGAUUCCAAAUAUGCAGCUGCAUUUGCCCUCGAUUGGAUCAGUUCUAUUGUUCCUACAUGUAUGGGUCUGUUCAUCGCCCUACUUAUCAUUGUUGUCAUGUUGAAAAUGCUCAUUUAUUGCCUUCAAAGUCACUCUCAGCGAUCAUGCGUCGAUGACAUUAACACAAGUGGAUGGUUAAGAAAAGUUUGGCGCAAUAGAGCACUCCGUCGAAUAGUUGCUUUGGACUGCAAUUGUCCGUGUUACAAGCCUCGACCGAAACUACGUUUCUUUGUACGCUUUGGAUUUCUCUGUGUUGUUUUCACACUAAAAAUCAUUGCUAUAGCAUUGUAUACAUCAGUCUCAAGUUCGUCCAAUCGUGCCAAUGACCUGGCAACUGUUUGUGCUUUCACCAUCUUAUGUCUGUUUAGUACAUUCUUGAUUGAUGUGUAUCAUUACUGUGUCUGGUGGCAUUAUACUCCCUUCGAUGACAAAACCUGUUGUUGUUGUCGCUCACGCAAACAUCGUCGUUAUUUGCCGUACAUUCUGAUUGCAGAGUAUCGAAAUGAGCAACAUUGGGGAGAUCGUUCAUGCACAGAUCAUCCAUGUUUGGAGCGAAGUCUCGAACAUAUUGCUACAUUUCAUUAUAGCAGUUAUAAACCACAGCCACGUUGGUCCGAUCUACACAAGCCUGAACCCUCAGUGAAUACAGUCAAGAAAUCGAAGUCUGGCCUUACCUACAUUGGUUUUCAUCAAACAACUCCUCAAGCAGCAGUGAGCAUUGCUAAAAGUGAAUUUAUUCCUAGCAUCAGUGGCAUGUUGGGGCCUGGUACGUAUUUCGCUCGAUCACUUGAUGGCACUAAUGUGAAAGUGGGUCGAAACGGCGGGUUCGGUGCUUGGUUCAUUGCCGAGAUUGACAUGGGCAAAGUGUACGUGACUGAAAAACGUUUUUAUGACACAAAGCCGGGAAAUCCAUUUUAUAACGCUGGCAUACAUCGAUUUGUUGGCAAUGGCGAAUGGCAUGUGGAGUACAAUACGUGCUAUUCCAUUCAUGACGACGACAAUCUCGACGAGUUUUGUAUCAAAGAUCCUACUAAACAAAUUCUUCAGUGGGUGAUUGUCAUCGAAGAUUCAUUCGACAGAAAAGUGAAACUAUACGGGUUAGAUACUGAAUUCGAUUCAACUGAGUGUGGGUGUUGUUAA